AUGGAGACUGAAAACAAGCCCGUGGAGCAGCAGAUCGACAACGUAGCGACCAACCUGAGCGAGCUCAAGGUUUCGACUGAAGGAGGAGAGGAGAAGACCCAACCCUCAGAUGAGGGACGGCCAAGCACCAAGCCAGCCAGCGGUGAGACCACCGAUGCGGCUGAUGCUGGCGCUGAGCAAUCGACAGAGGCCGAGGCCGCAACCACAGAUGAGGCUGGAGGGCUUCUGCCCUCGCCUGCCCCAGCGCAGGAUCCCUCGGCCUACGCUGCGGACCCCACCAAUUUCGAAAUCAAACAUCCCCUGCAGAAUCGGUGGAGCCUCUGGUACGAUAACCCGAGGAAGAGAACCUCUGCCGACACCUGGGGCAACCACCUCAAGCACGUUGUUGAAUUCGAUACGGUCGAAGAUUUUUGGAGACUCUACAACAACGUGAUGCCUGCGAGCCGCCUGGAGCAUGGCAGCAACUACCAUCUGUUCAAGGCCGGCAUCGAGCCCAAGUGGGAGGACGCCGCCAACACCAGGGGAGGCCAGUGGGUGGUGACCUUCAGCAACAAGCAGAGGAAGGAGAAACUGGACAAGCUCUGGCUUUACACGAUCCUUGCCUGCAUCGGUGAGGCGUUCGAGGAGGAAGAGGAGGUGUGCGGUUGUGUUGUGAGCAUCAGAAAGGCUCAGGACAGAAUUGCCAUCUGGACGAGGACUGCCUCCAAGGAGGCGGCUGUGAGGUCGAUCGGAAUGCAGCUCAAGCGUACGCUGGAGAUGCCCGCCGGCUCGGUUGUGGGGUACCAGGUGCACUCCGAUUCCAUGAAGACGCAGUCUUCGUCUUCCGCCAAGUACCGCUACGAAGUGUAG